AUGCAGAGAGGGAAGCCCUACAGAGCACCGCCUACCGUAGUACAGACCUUCUGCCAGAAGCACGGCCUGACGUCCGAGGUGGUUGAUCUGAGGUGGGGUAUUUGGAACACAGAGGUCACCAACCACAUGACCACGGAACUCUGCUUGGAGGAGCUUGGCUGGUGUCAGAAAACAUCCAUAGGGCCAGCUUUUGUUGCCCUCGUAGGUGACCAGUACGGCCCCCGUCCCAUCCCCUCGCUGAUCAAGGAAAAGGAGUGGAAAAAGGAAAAAUCGAGCUCAGCUCAGCUGAGCGCCAGGCCACGUGACCUGGAGCUGGUGGCACGACGCUUCCGGACAGACAAGAACGCCGUUCCCCCUACCUACCUGCUGCAGACCCUGGGCAGCGGGGAGGCCCGUGGGCCCGAGGAGGCCACCCUGAUCUCUGCAUUGCGCUCUGGAGCCCAGGAGGCUGGCAGGUUGGACCUCGUCACCCAGGAGAAGUGGCACCGCUACCACCGGUCAGCCAUCGAGGGGGAAAUAGAACGGGACCUGCUGAACGCAAUAGACUGGGACCAGGGGCCGACCGUCCUGAGAGAUAUCCAAGACCUCAACAAACACAUCCUGGAGGUCUGCGCCCUCAAGAUAGUGGACGAGCUUGCAGCCGGCUGCCUGGACACAGACGCCCAGAACCUUCUCAGCAGCCUCAAGGAGCGCAUCGCUGACAUGCAGCCCGGAGUUCUCAAGGCCCACCACCUGGCAUGGAGCCGAGACCUGGUGGACCCCCCAAACAAGGCUCAUGGACGGUACCCAAAGGAGCUGGGGGAGCAGUUUGUGGCCAGGGCUAACCAUCAGGUCCUCGAGUGCCUCCAGAAACUGGAGGCAGGCAGGCAGGAGUUGGCUUGGCUCUAUCAGGAGAUCCGCCACCACCUGGGGCUCAGUGCCGAGGCCCCCCAGACCUUCUGUGGGCACCAGGAGCUCCUAACCCAGCUGGGGCAGCGGCUCCAGCAGAACGACGGCCACCCCCACCCACCCCUGGUGCUUUUUGGACCCCCGGGCAUCGGAAAGACUGCUCUGAUGUGCAAGCUGGCUGAGCAAAUGCCAGGGCUGCUUGGCCACAAGACAGUGACCGUUCUAUGGUUUCUGGGGACGUCACAGAUGAGCUCCGACGCCCGAGGCCUGCUCCAGAGCAUCUGCUUCCAGGUGUGCCUGGCCUAUGGGCUACCCCUGCCCCCUGCCCAGGUCUUGGAGGCCCAUACCAGGGUGGUACAGUUUUUCCACACCCUCCUCCACACCAUCUCCUGCCGAAACUUUGAGUCCCUUGUGAUCCUGCUGGAUUCGGUGGAUGAGGUAGCCUCUGUCCACCGUGCUCAGAGGGUCCCCUGGCUGCCUCUCAAGUGCCCCCCAAGGGGCCACCUCAUCCUCUCGGUCUGCUCAGGACAGCGGGGCGUUUUAGACACUAUGCGGCAGGUGCUCACGGACCCAGGUGCUUACUGGGAGGUGAAACCCCUCUCUGGAAACAAAAGGCAAGAGAUGGUUCAGCUCCUGCUGGCCGCCUCGAGGAGGACGCUGCUCUGGACCAGCCUCCCAGAGUGUGGGCACCCAGGGCGGCUGAGGCUGGCCUUCGAGGAGGGCUGGAAAUGGGCCUCCUUCACCAUGCCGGCCCCUCUGGCCUCCACUGCUAAGGAGGCGAUGCACCAGCUGUGUGCCCACCUGGAGCAGACAUGUGGGCAGCUCCUGGUGGCCUGAGUGCUGGGCUAUACAUUGUUGAGCAGGCAUGGGCUCUCGGAGGCAGAGAUGAAGGAUGUCCUGUCCUUGGAUGACGAGGUCCUGCAGGCUGUGUACCAAGACUGGACCCCGCCCAGCAAAGAGCUGCUGCGUUUCCCACCCCCGCUGUGGGUGAAGCUUCGUCGAGAUCUGGGUAACUGCUUGGCCAGGCAGCCCGUGGAUGGCUUCAUACUCCUGGCCAUCGCCCACAGACAGCUGGCCGAGGUGGUCCGAGAGCGCUUCCUGUCAUGGCCCGAGAAAGCCAAGGGUCACGGAGUCUUGGCCGACUUAUUCUCAGGGACCUGGAGCCAGGGAACCAAGAAACUCAUCACGCUGCCACUUGUGGGGAAACCCCUGAACCUGGACCACAAGGUGGCCCCUCAGCCCCUGUGGUUCUCAGACACGGUUGCAAACCUGCGGAAGCUGAAGGAGUUAGCCUACCACCUGAUCCACUCAGGCCGCAUUGAGGAGCUGAAGCAGGAGGUGCUGGGCAGCAUGAACUGGAUUUCCUGCCGGGGCAUCUCGGGGGGCAUUGAGGGUCUGUUGGAUGACUUUGACCUGUGCGCCCCUCACGUGGACUGUCCUGAGGUCAGCCUGGUCCGGGAAGCCCCCCAGCUGUGCCACCCGGCAGUGGAGCUCCGACGCAUGGAGAGAAGCAUCCUGUGUACAGAACUCCUGGCCAGCCUCCAUUUCUUCGCCACCUCACAUCCGGCGCUGGUGGGACAGCUGUGCCAACAGGCACAGAGCUGGUUCCGGAUGUGCCCACACCCUGUGCUGGUGCCCCUCGGAGGAUUCCUCCAGCCCCCGGGAGGACCCCUCCAGGCAACCCUCACCGGCUGUCACAAAGGCAUCACUGCCAUGGCAUGGAGCCUGGAAGAGAAGCUGCUGGUGGUUGGCACCCAGGAGAGCAUGGUAGCUGUGUGGGAUAUGGAAGAACAGCAGGUGAUCCACAUCCUACCUGGACACACAGGAGGGGUGAGGUGUGUGAAAGUGUUUGCCAAAGGAUCGUUUGCCAUCUCUACCUCGAAGGAUCACACGCUGUGCUUGUGAAACUUACUCUCUAACCAGGAGAAAUUCACCAUUUGGGAUGGAGGCUCAGAAGGUCCCACUGAACCUCAGAUCUUGAGCCUUCAUGUGGAUGAAGCAAAGAAGGUUGUGCAUUCAGCAUCUAGCUCAAAAAUCAGUGCUUGGAAUCUGGAAACUGAAGAGCUGAUUUUCCAUAUCCUGGGGGAUGCCUCUGACCCCUGGGUGUGCAUGGCAGUGCUGGCUUCCAGGGCCACGUUGCUGACGGUGUCGCAGGGUGACGUGGUCAGUCUGUGGACUUCAGCCACAGGAACACUGCAAAGGAAGCAACAUUUGUCCAGCAUCAAAGAAGAAACAAUAACCUGUGGGGUCUCAGUCCAGAAACAAAGAAAGAUGGUGACCAGGUCCAGCAAGGGCUCCAUCUCUUUGGUUUCCUCCGAAGGAGACAGCCUGCUGGAGAAGCUUCCAGAAGCCGUGGGGUUCCUGGUGGUCUCUGAAGAUGAGUCCCUUCUCGCUCAGAGUUCUUACUGUAGAGGAGUCCAAUGUGCUUGCUUCUCCAAGGAUGACAAGUACGUCUACGCAGGCUUGAAAGAUCACUCCAUAAUCGUCUGGAGUGUGCUGGAUGGCACACUGCUGGCCAUCCAGUUUGUCCAUGCCGUGGUGAACAGAAUCAUCCCAACCUCCAAUGGCUUCAUUGCCCCCACCACACAUGGCUAUCUCAUCUGUGAACGUUUCCAGUGCCCUUCAUCAAGAAUCUCACAACAGGACUCUCUCAAAAACUUCAAAAAAGCAGUGUAGAUGGUCAAAUCCAGGCAGAGAGAAGAGCUGAUUGCUGCUGCAGGAGCACUCCAGGACUCAAGAUCAGGGAGUGCCCAGGGAAACGAAUCUAAAUCAAACAAAUGCUCACAAGUCUGCCUGCUAGUGUAA